AUGCCGUCGCUGCGGUCCGCCUUGCUAUGGGCCGUACUGGGUGCGCUCGCUGCCGCGGCGCCUGCGGAGUAUACGCACAGGGUGAAGGAGACGGUGCACCCGCCCCGGGGUUGGAACGCCCUGCGCCCUGCGCCGCCCGCGCACACGAUGGAGCUUCGCAUCGGCCUGCCACAGCCCAAGUUCGCUGAGCUGGAGGAGCAUCUGUACGCUGUGAGUGAUCCGUCGAGUGAGAGGUACGGAGAGCACUUGUCGAAGGAAGACGUGGAGGCGCUCGUCGCGCCUCGUCCGGAGAGCGUGCAGUUGGUCGAGGAGUGGCUUGCGUCGCAUGGUCUCUUGAGUGACGCGUUGUCGCGGUCCCCCGCUGGCGACUGGGUCACUGUCAGGGUGCCUGUCUCGUUGGCGGAGACAAUGUUGGACACUACCUACCAUGUGUGGGCGCACACCGCCAGCGGCGAUUCGCUCGUCCGCACGACGUCGUACAGCCUUCCGGAGUACCUGCACGACCACAUCGAGGUCGUCCAGCCCACCACCAUGUUCUCCCGCUUCACUCCGAUGCGGACCACUUACCGCUCCUUCCGCGCAAACACCGCUAUUCCUCAGUCAGACGGCGCUAGGAUCGCCGUGCCCAGCGCUUCCGGGGGGCAAGUCGCCGCAAGUUGCAACGGGACCAUCACCCCGGAGUGCUUGCUGGAGCUGUACAACGCGACAGGGUACACGCCGCAGGUGCCCGGGGAGAACAAAAUCGCUGUGACGGGCUACUUGGAGCAGUACGCGAACUACGCAGAUUACUAUCAGUUUUUGGGAGAGGAGGUGUCAUAUGCUGCUAACAGCACGUUCUCGGUGGUCUAUAUCAAUGGUGGACUUAACAACCAGACACCGGCUGAUGCUGGGAUUGAAGCGAACUUGGAUACACAAUAUGCGUUCAGCCUUACGUACCCGACGCCGGGAACGUUCUACACGACUGGCGGGAGCCCGCCUUUCAUCCCUGAUGAUCUCGAGCCUACGGACUCAAAUGAGCCAUACAUGCAGUGGCUCGAAUACGUGCUCUCUGCAGAGGACCUGCCACAGUCGAUCUCCACCAGCUACGAAGACGACGAGCAGACCGUCCCGUACAGCUAUGCGACGCGCGUCUGCGCAGAGUUCGCGCAGCUUGGUGCCCGAGGGAUCUCGAUUAUGUUCGGCUCCGGAGACGCGGGUGUGGGCGACGGUGACCCGGACCCGGCUACCCAGGAGUGCUACAGCAACGAUGGUCGCAACGUGACGAUGUUCAUACCCGGAUUCCCAGCUAGCUGCCCUUACGUCACGGCUGUGGGAGCGACUUCGGGGGUGCCAGAGAUUGCGGCGUGGUUCUCUGGCGGUGGGUUCAGCAACUACUUCGCUCGACCAUCCUACCAGGACACUGCGGUGACGAAGUACCUCGGCGAGCUGGCUCCAGGGACGUAUGCGGUUCCACUGACGAUCCAACAGGCCUACCCUGACGUCUCUGCUGAGGGCGUCGAUUUCACUAUUGUAUGGGACGCGGAAACUGGCCUCGUCGACGGGACCUCCUGCUCCACGCCCACGUUCACAGCAUUCGUGUCCCUACUCAAUGACGCGCGCAUCGCCAGCGGGAAGUUCCCACUUGGCUUCCUCAAUCCAUUGAUUUAUUCGCUCAACGCGCAGACGACAACGGGGUUCAACGAUAUCACUGUCGGUAACAACCCGGGGUGUGGUACAGAGGGCUUUAACGCAACCAUAGGAUGGGAUCCUGUCACUGGGUGGGGCACGCCCAACUUUGGCGUUCUGAAAGAACUUGUCCUGGGUGCGUGACGUUUGGAUUCUCGAACGCGCUGUGGUAAAGAGUAGAAAAUAUGGUGUAAUAAGUGCUCGCUAGCGCUGCUGAUACUUAGUAUUACUACAGCGGUCCCGGAUCCGGACACCAUGCCAGUACCUCAAUGUUUCGAUAGUGGAAGAGACUCUCGCCUCCCUGACCAAAGACUUGCGCGAGUAAGAUAGCGCCGCCCUUCUUGGCGGCAUUUCGAGUUAGGGAACAUGGCUGAAAUAUAAAGCUUCAGGUCUCAUUUUCUUGCACCGUGCAUUUAGGAAGGUUCAUGAUCAGCACAAGCACUGCGGAAUAUCAGACUCGCCGAGUCGCAUCCUAGUCAUUCACCCUCGAUAGCAAGUAUUACGAAGCGCAGACGAUACCAGUA